CCAUAGCGGGAAAUUGAAGUUAGACUGUUAUGAUUCUGCUGCUGGAGAUCUAUAGACGUCCUGUGAAGAUGCCUCGACUCUAUUGAUUGAACAGUUUUGCAGAAUUUUAGAGAUGACACUAGGCCCAGCUACGAUGUUUCAUGCGUGUCAGGAAUAUCUACUUCUUGGAAAAUUCGACAAAUGUUUGAGUGAACUUCAUAAACUUGCAGAUUUUCAACUGACUUCUCUUGGCACGUGGAAUGUUGAUAAUAACAAAAUUGUUUCUACAUUUCUACUGGAUAUUGAAAAGAAUUGUGGAGUACUUGAAGAAGGUCUUAUUAAAUCUACGGAAAAAUCUUUCAUAUCGUUACUCAACAAAAUCGGAAGUCUUCCAGUUGACAGUAGUAGUUUGUCAUUAGAGAUCACGGUCCUUAAUAACUACCUGUUGCUCCAGUCUCUCAGGUGUGCAGGACAUCCAACAGGCGUGGUAGACAGCUGUGGAAACCAUGUACACAGAACUUUGCUUAGAGUUAUAAAACAUAUUGGAUCAGACGAAGACAGUGAUUCUACAUGUACACUGAAGACUGAUAAUGAGUCCUUGUUUGACAUCAUAUUCAGGAGACACACUUUAUCUGAAUCGCCUGUGAACUUAACAUGCAUUGUGUCGCUGUUUUGUAUCUGGUCUGUCCUGAUGAGAGUGACUGGUGACAUCUCCAAGGCAAUGUCUUGCCUUUCAUCUUGUCCUCUGUAUUUUCUGGACUCUGUGGAGGCAGACCAGAGCAGAGGAUUGUUUGAAAUCCCAUUCAGUCUAAUGUUGACAUCAAAGACAGCUUGUGGCACAGACUCUGAAACAUCUCAAGCUGAUAAAGUGCGUCUCCUGCGUGGAAUGUUCAUGUUCUGUAUACCAGACAAGCGAGAACAAAGUAAACUUGACCUACAGGAAGUGAUUGGGACACACUUGCACCCUUAUACCAAAUAUAUGUUAGCUUGCCUGGAGUAUGAGAGCGGCCAGUAUCUUGAUGCCAUUAUGCUGUGUAGUCAAGCUUCAAACACAUCAGUAGACAGUGUAAAACUAAGGGCUCUUCAUUCUAGCCUUUUAGGGGCUUGCUUCUCCAAAUUGGGUAAACAUCACUGUGCUAUAGAGAAGUACAAGGAGGCUCUCACCUUGGAUUUCACCUAUCUUUGGCCUCUGUACAGUCUGUCCCUGGAGUACCAGAGUCUCGGUCUACACGACCCUGAGCUGGAGUCCCUCAAUCUCCUCAUCACUGCUUUAGAAAGUGAGCAGCGGAAAGAAAGACCAUCUCUGCUGCAUCAGUGUCUAUGUCCCGGUCAUCAGCAGAUCACACUCCUUCAGGCCCAGUAUAGACUGGCUGAGCGCUGUCUACAGCUCCACAAAUUUGAUGCAGCCUAUCAGAGAUACCUUGAUGUACUGAGUUGCUUGCACCACGUCGAAAAUUUUAAGACUGGAGGCAGCAGUGAGGUGAGACUCCCCUCAGUACUACAGAUGUAUCAGGAAGCUGAGUACUCCUUACUCCGGGCCAAGCAGUACACUGAUUGUGUCCUUGUCUGUGAUAAAGUACUGUCGUGUGAUGCUCCAUCUCAAGGUCUCUCUGGUUACCAUAGUGACCAAUCACAAGACCAGUCAAUUUUAAGUUCACAGACUUGUAGUCAUGGUGCCCAGUCCCUAAAUGUACCAUCAGUUGUGUCUGGGUCACAACAGAGGAAGAGGCUAAGGUCGCAUAGUGGAGAGUUAUCUGCCACUAUUGCCAAAGAGGACACCAGGAGUAUGUUGUAUAAAGCAGAUGCUCUAAUACAUAUGGGACAGUUAGACAGUGCUACCAACUGUCUGGAGAGGUCAUUAGAACCCCUGUCAUCCUUAACCAUAGACAGUAAUACUCUGUCCUCACAGGAUACUGAUGCUGGCUCACAACCUUAUAGCAAAAGAAAAAGAAUCGACUCGGAUGGCACUGCAGUCCCCUGUCGCUCUUCACCCCACAGUGGAGGCUGUCCAUUGCUGUCUAUCAGACAUACAGCUGCCCAGGUUUACAACCAUUUAGGGGUAGCCAAGUCACGGUGUCAAAAUUAUAAAGAUGCCUUACACUACAUCAGACUCAGCCUUCAACUUUAUCCCUAUAAUGACACUGUAAUGUACAACCUGACCGCUGUACUGCGGUCGCUACAGAGGCAGCGUGAGGGUGUGACCAACUGGACCAAGUACAGGCGACUAGGUGCUGGGUCAGACAGCUUACAGCUGGCCAAUGUCCUCAGGAGGAAGAAACAACAGCUCAGGUCGUUGGAUACUGAAGUGGACAUAGAGACUGACCAGGGUUCAAUGGAGCUGGUAUGGGACAGUGUGAGUGACCAACAGAUGUUAGAGCUGGACAUUGAGUGCCUGGAGGCUCUCAUUAGGACCAGAUAAUACACCUGUAACACAGAACACAACCCCUGACAGUGUGGAAUAAGGACCAUAAAAUAACACACCUGGCCAUUUACCUGUCCAAGCAUUUGAAUACUUUUUUAAGGUAUUUCUAGGACCACCUGGAGAUCAGGGUCCACUCUGCUGAGGAUGCCAUGGUUAGCCUUGUCUGUGGAAAUAGGGAUGAGUGGUCAUAAGUGUUACCAGAAGUUAUGUGUACUUGGAACUGAGUAUGUAGGUGUAUCGCUGACCACAGGUAUAUGAGCCAAUUCAGGUUUACCUCACUCCUACAUCUGACCACAGGUAUACAUACCUGAUAUAGCCUUAAUAUGGCUCAGAUGUUACCACACAUUUGUUCUUGACCAUCCUGUCUUCUAUAUAUGUACAGGAUUCUUGUCUAGCCAGUGGGUUUCUGAAGCUAUAAUGUUUGUUGAUGUGAACAAAACAAAAAUGGUAGAUCUAGGAUGGACCAGCUGGGACCAAUGAUCUUAUAUACCAUACAUACAAGGCUUUCUAAGGAUGUCACAGAUUAUAUGACAGGUAUCAACUCCUGAGGGAGAUAAUCUGAAUAUUUUCCAAAUGGGUCUCACUCAGAUUUUUUUUUAAACAUUCACUGCUUGAAAACAUGGUGACAUGUGUUCAACAGGAAUGAUGAAAAUUCAAUGGCCAAUAUUUGCAUUAAAAAUAAUUAAAUUAAUGAUAAAAGCUUUUAAAUUAUUGGCCAAUAGGUUAAUUCACAUGUCCAUAUACAGGUGAGAUGACUAUACCCCCGUAUAUAUAUUAUAUAUGUAUUCUGUUAAGAUGGAGAGACACAGCACUCUGUUGUAUAUGCAAUAAAAAAGAGUUAUCAUUUUUAAACAUAUUUCUGACUUGG